CAACGGAAGAUUUUAACAGUCGGACCACGGACAACUAGCUAGGUAGCGGCCGUUGGAAACAAAACCGGACUGAAGUUUUCAUGUUAACCUUAAACCUCGACCGUGUUUAAUUACCAACAUAGCUAGUUUUGACUGUUACCUUAUUUUAUCCAGACGUUGAGACUUUCGAGGUGAAGAUGGGAGUACCGAAAUUUUACCGAUGGAUUUCAGAGCGCUAUCCUUGUCUCAGUGAAGUUGUCAAGGAACAUCAGAUUCCAGAAUUUGACAAUCUCUAUCUGGACAUGAAUGGGAUUAUCCACCAAUGUUCCCACCCGAACGACGAAGAUGUCCACUUUCGCAUUUCUGAGGAAAAGAUUUUUGCAGACAUCUUCCAUUACCUGGAGGUGCUAUUCCGGAUCAUCAAGCCUCGCAAGGUCUUCUUCAUGGCGGUGGACGGUGUGGCACCAAGGGCAAAAAUGAACCAGCAGAGAGGACGGAGAUUCAGGUCCGCCAAAGAAGCAGAGGACAAGAUAAAAAAAGCUUUGGAUAAAGGAGAGGUGCUUCCCACAGAGGCUCGCUUUGACUCCAACUGUAUCACUCCUGGCACUGACUUCAUGGCAAGACUACAGGAGCAGCUCAAGUAUUUUGUCCACAACAAGCUCUCCACCGACAAGCUAUGGCAGAAUGUCAAAGUGUACCUGUCUGGUCAUGAGACCCCAGGCGAGGGAGAACAUAAGAUCAUGGAGUUUAUUCGCUCUGAAAACACCAACCCGGAUCACGACCCCAACACCCGACACUGCCUGUAUGGCCUGGAUGCUGACCUGAUAAUGUUGGGUUUAACCAGCCAUGAGCCAAACUUCUCCUUGCUCAGAGAGGAGGUCCGCUUUGGAGGAAAGAAAUCCCAGAAAAGGAUAACGGCUCCAGAGGAGACAACUUUUCACUUGCUUCACUUGUCUCUGAUGAGGGAGUACAUUGACUAUGAGUUCUCCGAGCUCAGGAAUCAUCUUGGUUCUGAAUAUGACUUGGAGCGAAUAAUAGAUGACUGGAUUCUAAUGGGCUUCCUUGUGGGAAACGAUUUCAUCCCUCACCUCCCUCAUCUUCACAUCAGUCACGAUGCUUUGCCGUUACUGUACAAGACCUACAUCAGUGUUCUUCCCAGCCUGGGUGGUUAUCUGAAUGAGAACGGCCAUCUAAACCUCAGAAACUUUGAGAAAUACCUGGAGAAGCUUGCUGAGUUUGACCGGGAACAUUUUAGUGAAGUGUUUGUGGACCUGAAGUGGUUUGAGAGUAAAGUUGGCAACAAGUAUCUGAAUGAGGCGGCCGGAUUGGCUGCAGAAAAGGAGGCUGCCAGCAAAGACACAAAGAAGAAUGAGGAUAAUGCCCUCUGUCUGGCAGCUCUGACCUCAUCAGAAAGAGUGGUUGGAGAAGGAAAAGGAGCACUUGGAGACGAUGAGGACGAGGAGGACGAUAUGUUUGAAACAGAGUUCAGACAGUACAAGCGCACCUACUAUAUGACCAAGAUUGGGGUGGAUGUGGUAUCUGAUGAGUUCCUAGCCAAGCAGGCCAAGUGUUAUGUGGAAGGUAUCCAGUGGAUUCUCCAUUACUAUUACCACGGGGUUCAAUCCUGGAGCUGGUACUACCCCUACCACUACGCUCCCUUCCUGUCUGACAUCAGGAAUAUAUCUGGGUUAAAGCUGACCUUUGACCUUGGGAAACCCUUCAUGCCCUUUCAGCAGCUGUUGGCAGUCCUGCCUGCUGCUAGCAAGGAGCUGCUGCCUGAGGCUUACAGGCACCUGAUGAUGAGUGAAAAUUCACCCAUAAUUGAGUACUACCCUCUUGACUUUAAAACGGACCUCAAUGGCAAGCAGCAGGAAUGGGAGGCUGUGGUUCUCAUUCCCUUCAUAGAUGAGAGGUGCUUACUAGCAGCCAUGGAGCCCUGUAAUCACAAGCUGACUAAAGAAGAGAAGGCCAGGAAUUGUCACACAGAGUGUGCAGUCUACUCAUAUGACCACGAAAUAGACUACACAUACAACUCCACCGUGCCUCACCUGUUCCCUGACAUCAUCCACUGCCAUGUCCGGAAAGCAAACAUCCCUAUGGAUGCCUGGCAUGUACCGUUGGACCACGCUAGAAGACCAGUCGACCGCUCAGCUCUGUACUUCUGUGGUUUCCCCACACUGCAACACAUAAAACACAAGUUUUUUAAGAAGAAGAGUGGCGUGGUCGUGUUUCAGCAGAGCAGCAGAGGGGAGAACACAAUACUGGAGAUCCUCCCCAGCGAGGAAGGAGAAGCGGUAUGUGAUGAUGUUGCUGUACUGGUACUGGGGAAGUCGGUGUUUGUCAACUGGCCGCAUCUAGAGGAAGCUCGCAUCAUUGCUGUGUCAGAUGGAGAAGUCAAUUUUUGUUUAGAUGAACCACCUGGUGUCCAAAGAGUGUAUGAUCAACCCUCCACUCCCCCUCCCACCAAAGUAACCUCUCUGUCUGACAAGGAGCAGAAGGAUUGGGUGAAGGAUGUCCAGGGAAUCACUGAACAUUUCAUGAAGAGGAAAGGCAUCGUGGUGAAUGAGACAUCUGUGGUUUUGUACGGCCAGUUGCUGACGGGAAGAAAGUACGUCCCCAAAGCCAAUGGGGUGGUGGAACUAGAGAAACAGUGGUCGAAGCAGGUCCUCCCUUUCGCCUACCAGACCGUGGUUAAGGAUAUCAAGGCCUUUUACUCAUCUCUGACCAGCUUUAAGAGCUUAGACGAGCUCUUUCCUCCAGCAACCAAUGUCUUCAUGGUGGGGAACCCUUACUACGGUGCCAUGGGCGAGGUGCAGGAUUCUAGUGAUGUCAUUAAAGACGGUCGGGUACGGGUGGUCUUCAGCGUGCCACAAGAACCACAGCUUGAGACCUUAAUCCAGAAUCAGCAUAAGUACUGUGUGAAGUACAGUCCUGGAUACGUUCUGGCAUCUCGACUCGGCAUCAGCAGCUACCUUGUCUCCCGCUUCUCAGGAAGCAUCUUCAUUGGCAGAGGCUCUAAGAAGAAUCCUUGUGGGGAGCAAAGAGCUAACGUUGGCCUGAACCUGAAGUUCAACAAGAAGAAUGAGGAGGUUCCUGGAUACACAAAGAGAACGGAAAAGGAGUGGCUCUACUCUGUUGCUGUGGAGGAAUUGCUAGCUGAAUACCUGGACAGAUUUUCUGAAGUGUUCGAAUUAGUGUCCAGAAACAGUCAUGAUGAUGUUUUCUAUGAAGAUGACAUUUGGCCUGGAUUUGACCAGAAUGGGGCGGAGAAGGUUGCAGAAAUCACUUCAUGGUUGAAAAGUCACCCAGUAAGCUCCAUCAGCAGGGCGUCAUGUGACCUACAAGUGCUAGACUCUGCCAUCGUGGAGAGGAUUGAGGAGGCAGUGGAGAAAACCAAGGUGAAGAAGAGCACGAAGAAAGUCCGUGUCACAGUCAAGCCUCACCUCCUCUUCAGGCCCUUGGAGCAGCAGCAGGGAGUGGUUCCAGACCCGGAAGCAGAGUAUCGCCUGUUUGACAGAGUGGUCAACAUCAGGGAGAGCUUCACCGUCCCACUGGGACUCAGAGGAACUAUCAUCGGCAUUAAAGGGGCGGAGCGGGAGGCAGAGGUUCUCUACGAAGUGCUUUUUGAUGAAGAAUUUGCUGGAGGUCUUAACAUCAGGUGUUCAUCACCUCGCGGUUACCGCCUCCCUCCCUGCGCUCUCAUUAACUUCUCCCACGGAGCCCGAAUGGAUCUGUCAUUUCACAAACUCACUGCCGUCGUCAAACCUCAGCCCUCCGCAGCCGCAAACUUCAGCUCUCAGCGCCAGCUGUCCGGCCUGAACCACUCUCCACGUUCACCCUUCAUACCGAUGCAGCAUAACAACAAACACGGCGGGGUGAAAGCAGCCUCCCAGGGCAACAGGAACUCUCCCACUAAAGGAAUCCAGAAACAACCGGCAAAGGGUAAAGAGGAGUACAGUAACGUGUGGCAGUCUCUGCAGAACUCGGCUGCUCCUCACAAACCUCCGGCUCACUGGCAUUCUAAUGAUGGAAAUCCCCAGCAGGGUGGAAACCAGCACUUCAAUAAAGCUGCCCCAGUUGGUGGCAUCAGACUGUUGAAGAAAAAUGAAGACGCCAACUCCCUUUUCCCCACAGCCAACACAGCCAAUAAGACUACAACUGAGUUUGAGGACCUGAUAGCCAGUCUCAAGAUCUCCAAAGGUAGCCAGCAGACCCCACCGCCUCCUGCUCCUCCACAAGUGCCCACCAGCCAGUCAGAUGGCCCGUUGUCUCCACAGUCCUUCGCCAUGAAGGGUACCCUGAUGUUGAAGGAAAUGCUAAAGAUUGACAGUCCAGGAACAGGAAGUCCCACGUCCCAGGAGACUCUUAACAGCGCUUCCUCCGGUGGCCGGCAGCAGAACAGGAGACGAUCGUCCAAGAAACUAGCCGCAGCAAUGAACGCCCCCCACGGCGAAACAGCUGUAUUAGCUCCUCCCACAUUGACCGCCUCUGCCAACCUCUCCAACACAAUGCUGACAAGUAAGGUGUCCGAGCUGGCGUGCGUCUGUGUGGGGUUAGGAAUGGCACCACCCGAGUUCAGCUUCAUAGGCAACAGACAGGGUGUAGUAGUAUGUCAGGUGAAGCUGUCCAAUGGGUUGAUGGUUCAUGGUCCACAGUGCCAAUCGGAAAAUGAUGCCAAGGAGAAAGCUGCCUUCUUUGCCCUCCAAAGACUGAACUCAGUGGGGUCGAGCUUCUCCCUCCCACCUCCUUUAUACCCAGGAGUGGGUCAGAUACGACCCCCACCCAUCAGAGGUAUGACCCCUGUCUUCAACCAACAAGGUGGAUUGAUGUUACCUCCCCAGGGUUACGCCCCUCCCCCUCUGUGGGGAAUGACGCUUUCCCCCCACCACCACCAAAACCAACCAUUCUUCAGCGCACCGGGAACCUUUCCCGGUGCUGCCCGCCCACCGCCUUCAACAACACUGCCCAUUGGCUCACACAACCAGUUUAUCCCAUUACAGGUGACUAAGAAGCGAGUCUCAGCCAACAAGAAGAACCAGGAAACUCGAGAGUUUUACAGCGCUGCCCACACUGUGUCCAGAAACCAAUCACAGAAAGCCCAGAACCAACUCUCUGGCCAAUCAGGCCAGAGCCGUAAAGUCGAGCAGCCACACCAACACAUUACCAACAGCAACCCCUCCUCUUCCAGCCCUGGUUUCGUAGACGGCGUUUCCACAACAACAGCUGGCCCGCACACGCCCCCUCGACAAAACCAGCCAGCAACAGGCCACACCCCCGGCUCCGCCUCCAAGAGGAAGCACAGAAAGCUGGCUGUCAACUUCGAGGCGGCUAAAGUCUCUGAGUGAUGAGCUGCUGUGUGUGUGUGUGUGUGUGUGUGUGUGUGUGUGUGUGUGUGUGUGUGUGUGUGUGACAGAGAGGGGUGUUAGAGUCGUACUUUGUUUAAGCUGCUGUUUUAAGCCUGACUCAGCAUCUCUGAUCAAACCCCUCAUCAACGUGAAAGUUUCUUUUCACUCAACGUUUCAGGGUUGAAGCAGCUUCAGCUGGGGCAAGGGAACUUUUUUUUGUUGUUUUGUCUAAUGUUACGCAUUAGGCAACUCAAAACACAACUCUAUAUCAGUCAUCAUCAAUCACACGACAGAGUUCCACUGUCCCUACACCUCUUCGCUGUCAGUGUAACAAAGUCUGCCAAACCUGGCUGUUGUAGUACAGUCCCCUGGAGAUGCUGCCUUCUUGCUCUUGUUUGUGGCCAGUGUGAGCCUACAGGUUUGCUGUACAGGUUGCGGCCAUAGCUUCUUCUUUCUUUUUUCUUCCUUGUGUAUUUCUUAGAAGAGGUUCAUUUCGUGAAUUCCUCUUCCUAACAGAAUUGAGUCAUGUCUUAUUUCUUUGAAUCAUAAUGUUGGCGCUCCAGUCCGCAAACUUAAAGGAAGUUUAUUACAGCUUGCCUAUUAUUUUUGUAGCUCUGGCUGUUCAUUCUGUCAGCUGUGUUAACUGGUUGCUGUGAUCACGGAAUUGGGGUAACAUUGGUCCAGCGGGGCAACAGAUACGAGCAGUUUGACGAUCAUAUUAAAGAAAUUCCACGUUAGUCAAAUGUAUCUGAAGGAGAAAACAAAAUGAUUACCCAAACUCUUUUAUAUACCUCCAUCCACAACCUUUUUGCUGUAGUGAGUGAGGGAUUAUGAGCGAAAUAUCAGAAGCGGUAGCCGGUCUGGUGGAACUGAGUUUGUGCACGGCCUGACUGCUUGUGUUUGUUGCCUCCUUUGAACUAUUUUCUGUGAUGUUGCUGUGUUCCAUGAUCUUAUCAGAUACUUGAUUACAAAGUUAUCAUAGCUGACAGAACCACUGGCCCGAUCAACAAAAAUCAAACCCACGUUGUAAUGCAGUUUUCCUUCAACUGCGUGAGCAGCGAACUAAGUACAAAUUGGGAAAAACAAUCUUCUGACAAAAUGUUCUUACAAAAACAUAAUUCUAUCCUUUGGUUCACAUGUUCAAUGAGCUUGGUCCUAGCAGUGAAGAAGGUCUGGGGAAGUGAAACACUGCCAUUAAAAUAUGCAUUUUGAGGGAAAAUCUAUGUGGAAGAAAAAUAAAUGGAUACAGUAGCUACAUACUAGUGCCACCAAAUCAAAUAGUAGCUGAGCGGAAAACACAAAGACGUUUUUACAAAAUUUUCUGUUUGGGCAUUAAUGAAGCAUGUAAUAAUAAUUAGUAAUGUGUGUUAUUUCUCCCUGCCCCCCCUGUCAGUCUUAGCACCGUCCAUCUAUACUUCUUUAAAAAUGUUGCUUUGUAUGUUUACAGCCCAGAGGCAGGAGAGUUUUCACUGACAUUAGCUUCUGCUGUUGCCUUCGCUUUGGGAAGCACAGGAGGGCUCACGGCAACGUAGACUGAGAAAAUACCGGAGGGUGGAUGUGCUUAACGUUUUGGAAAACCUCCUCAGUUACAUUUGGAUCUUGGUUCUCCGAGACAUGCAUCCAUGGUAGAAGCCCUCCUCAUAGUCUAGCCUCAGAUUUGCACUGCAGUGGCAGUUACUCCCUGCUUUUCCUAGUAAACGUAACACUAAGUCAUUUACAUACAUCUUUAGAAAGCUAGUUUGAAUUCAUAUGAUGCUGUGUUGUCCUUGCUUUGUUUUUUAGGGGGUUUUACUGUAUUAAUUAUGCAUAAAAACGGGCCUUCUAUAAUGACAAACUAAUACAGCCGCGUCGUCAGGUUUGGAUCAGUGGUGUUAAUCAGGCCAACAUUGAUUAUCUGUUUUAAUGUUUUCCUGUGUGUUGUGGUCUUUAAAUCCCAUCAAUAUUUAUAGCCUUUUUAUUUCUUUCAGACGUUUGAUGCCUUGCUGCAUUUUUAUACUUUUUGUAGAGUUUAACAACACAGCCAAAGUAAAAAGUUGCCCCCAGCAACACACACACACACACACACACACACACACACACACACACACACACACACACACACACACACACACACACACACACACCGACCGCACUUGAUGAUAUUGCCAGUGCAUGCAGAGCUGGUUCACACCAGCACAGAACCCAGAAUCAAAUAGUGUUCAAAUGACCAGAUUUGUCAAUUUUUAUUUUUGUAAACUGGAACUUGUGAAAAUGUCCAUUUUAAUUUGAUUGAUGCAGUCAAAUACUAAUCAGUCAUAUUUGUUGAGUUCUGUUGGACCUUACAGGUUACCCUUACACUGCCAGAUUCCAAAAGCAACUUGAUUUUUAAUUGAACAGUGCCAGUAGAUUGUGGUUGAUUUUUACACGGGUGCAAAAAAAAUAUAGCUUUUUUUCAUUUCUAUUUUUUUUUGCUUUAAAAAAAAAAAAAAAAAACUAUUAAGAUUAGACUUUUUUUUUCUCCUUAUGAAUAUGGUCACUCACACAGUUUAUAAUACUAUGCACUUUUGACAUCUUAAAUUGAAAUACAAACCAAUCAAUUAGGACUUUAUUUAGAAAAGAGUUCUGACACAUGACUGAUGUCACAUACAGUAUAGUUUCUGUUUGUCCGAAGUUUUCAUUUCUAUGUGAAAUGUGGUGUUAACAGUACUCUUCAGGGGUGCACAGCUGAUAAUUAUGAGCUUCCUUUGCAACUUAAUCAUUAUCAUCAGUUAUCUGAAGUGCAAAUAUCAUUAACGUACAGAGGUGACAUACGUACAUAACGGUUGAAAAUAGGCUAUUUUUGUAUCUGUGUAAAUGCAACCCUAACAGCAUAGUAACUGUGUUGUAUGGUGAGUACUCAUAUAUUUAAAACACUAUAUUUACGUUAUGUGCCCACUAAAUUGAGUCUCUCUUACAUGCUUAUGAGGAGGUUCUUCCAAUUUUCUGUUGGUGGAUUUCUCAAGCUGUUUGGCUAUUUUAAGUUCGCUUUAUUGUACUACUCUAUACACAUCUGGAAUUAACUCACACAAGAACACAUACAGAUGUCUCCAUUUUAAGGAACUUUUUUUUUUUUUUCUUUUUCAAGCCAUGGAUUUUAUGGAAACCCUUUUUAUAUAGACUUUGUCUUGGGGUCAUUUCUAAGCAAUCUGAAUAAUGAUUGUUUCAAUAAUGUUUGUUGUGGAGCUCCAUUGAUGGAAGCAGCUGUAGCGACUAGUAAAGUGUAUUUGUUUUGAGGGAGACAUGCAUACAGUGUUUGUUGUUUUAAGGCUCAUAUCCUUAUGCCGGCCUCGGGACUCAAGUCUGUAAGGCUCUGGUGCAAUAAGGGGAGGUUUCUGGACAUUUAAGCACACCUGUUGUGUAUCCGUUUGGUUUUUGGAUAUGAAACGAAGUAGAGAAUUCUCGAUAAUAAGACAUAAUGACUUGCUGUUUUGAUUCAGGAAUGUGCUGUACAUAUCAAUUUAAUUAAAGUGCAUCUUUUGUUACAA